GCAGUAAGAGAGGACUUCAAGGUGUAUAAAGUCCGAGGCUUUGUUUGAUUGAAAUGCAGGCAGGUAUCAGGUGAGUGGUUUGUUGAUUUAGAGAAGAUGGAGGCUAAAUCGUUGUGGGUAUUACUCACUACACUUCUGUUCAUCAUACAAGGGUGGCGACAGACUGAGGGGUGCUUGGAGCAGGAGAGAAUUGCUCUCUUCCAACUCAAAUCUUUCUUCAAUGGCAAUUACUCUUUGAAAGACUGGGUGAAUGUAAAGGGUUCGAAUUGUUGUGAAUGGGAAGGAGUUGAGUGCAACAUCACUACUGAACGAGUAAUAGGUCUCUAUCUUAAUUUCGCACGUCAAUGGGAUAACCGUGAAUGGAUAUCAAAUCCAUAUGGGUAUCUCAAUGUCUCUUUAUUUCUUCCAUUUGAGGAACUGAAGAGCCUUGAGUUGAGUGGAAAUGAAAUUGCAGAUCUUGUAGAUAACCAAGUAUCUGUAUCAUCUGCUUUCAACAACUUAGAAAUUCUUGUAUUAACUCAGAAUUACUUCAAUGAUAGUAUCCUAUCAAAAUUGAAGAGUUUGACAAACUUGAAGACGUUAGAAUUAAACUUCAAUAGUAUCAAAAGCCUCCGACACUUUCAAGGUGAGAAAGUGCAACCGAUGAUGAAUAUAGAAGUGCUUAAUUUGGAUUAUAAUUUCUUGAACAACAAUGAUCUGGCAUAUCUCAAGGGGUUAUCAAGUUUAAAGUCCUUGAGUAUUGGGGGAAAUCAAUUGGAAGGGGCAGCAGGUAUUACAGUAUUGAAUAAUUUGACAAAGCUAAACAAGUUGGAUUUGAGUGACAAUAAAAUUGACAGCCUCCAGUCUUCCCAUGAUGGUGAGAGGCCACUUAAUUUGACCAAUUUAGAAGAGCUUAAUUUGGAUGAAAACUCCUUCACGAACAACUUAUUGGCACAGCUAAGUGGGUUUUCUAAUCUAAAGUCAUCGAGUAUACGGAAUAAUCAGCUUAAAGGAUCAAUAAAUAUUAAAGAAUUAUUAGAUACUUUAAGCAACUUAGAGGAGUUGGACAUGAGUGGAAAUGAGGUGAAGGAAUUUGUGCCCAUAAAGAAUAAAGAAAAUGGAAGUUUAGGAAAGCUAAAGGUUGCUAACUUAAACGGGGUGUUCAACAAUGGAGCUGCUUCUCUAAUACAACUCUUGGAGACAUUCUCAUCUGUUAAUACCAUACAUUUGAGAGGCAAUUACUUUAAUGACACUUUUUCUACUCAAGAUCAAUUGCAUGUGCCAAGCAAAAUAGAGGAAUUAGUACUAGAUCGAUCAUCUCUCAACAACAACAUUUUUCAAAGCAUUGGUGUAUUGGCUUCUCUUAAAAUUUUGUCUUUGAGUGGUUGUGGGCUGUCUGGGACAUUACCUACCCAAGGAUGGUGUGAUUUACGAAAAUUUGAGGUGUUGGAUCUUAGUGAAAAUGCUCUUAAAGGAACCCUCCCUUCAUGUUUGGCUAACUUGUCAUCACUUCAUUAUUUGGAUAUUUCCGGUAAUCAAUUCGUCGGGAAAGGCGCCUCCACUGCCUUAGCCAAUCUCACUUUGCUUAGAUUCAUUUCUCUUUCACGAAACCUAUUCGAAGUUCCUUCCAUUUUCAUAUCAUUUGCCAACCAUUCACACCUCAAAGUACUCUCCAGCAAUCAAAACAAGUUAGUCGAAGAGCCUACCAUUCCAACAUGGGUCCCAAAGUUCCAACUAAAAGCCUUUCGUUUGUCAAACUGCACAACAAAUGAACUCCAUAUUGAAAUUCCGAAAUUCCUCUAUUACCAAAAUAACCUGAGUAUUAUUGAUCUUUCAUAUAAUAAUUUUGAAGGGAAGGUUCCUUUUUGGUUGUUAGAGAACAAUACAAGAAUGGAAGCAUUUUUAAUGAAGGGUAACUCUUUUAUUGGCCAUCUCAAUCUUCCAUCUCAUCCGAAUCCAAAGAUAUCCUUUGUUGAUAUAUCUGACAACAAAAUACAAGGUCCAAUUCCAGUAAACAUUUGUUCAAUCUUUCCACAACUAAAUGGGUUAAACCUCGCAGGCAAUUCCUUUCAAGGUAAUAUUCCUCCUUGUCUGGGUAGUUUGACCACUUCAAAUUUAUUAUUAGAUCUGUCACAUAAUUAGUUAUCUGGAGGAAUACCAGAAAUGUUAGCUCAAAGUGACUCGUUGAGGUUUCUUAGGCUAUCAAAUAAUCAUCUAAGUGGGAAGAUAACCCCAACGAUCUUUUUCUCAACUUCAUUACGAUUGUUAUAUUUAGAUGGCAAUAACUUUGAAGGAAAUAUACCUAGCAUUGAUAUCUCAGCUUUCCCUGUGUAUUCCCUUAUUGAUAUGGAUUUAAGUAACAACAAUUUGUCCGGAAAGCUCCCAAGAUGGAUAUGGAACGUGUCAAAUUUAAAUGCAUUGGCAUUAUCCAACAAUCAGCUCAAGGGUCUCAUUCCAAUGGAAUUGUGCUAUUUGGAUUCCCUUAGAAUUUUGGACCUUUCAGAAAAUAAUUUUUCUGGCCCAAUACCAUCUUGCUUCGGUGCACAAUCUAUCAUACAUCUCUAUUUGAGCAAAAAUAGAUUAAGUGGAACCUUGACAAAUGCAUUCUUUAAUAGCUCUUCCUUGGUGACUUUAGAUCUUAGUGAAAACCAAUUGAAUGGAGAAAUUCCAUACCAGAUUGGAACUCUUUCUGCUUUGAGUGUCCUCCUUCUAAAAGCCAAUUAUUUUAUUGGAGAAAUUCCCAUUGAGAUAUGUAAAUUGUAUUCUUUAAGUAUAAUUGAUCUUUCUCAAAAUAA